CAAAAUCCCAAAACAGCGGAGUAAACCAGAACUGGGAGACCUUGAGAACUGUUAAGAGGACAAUGUUCAAAGGCGGACAACACAGAAAGCGUGAAGGACUAAUUGGGAGAUGGACGGAUAGAAUUGAAUGCAUGGAGGUGCAAAGUGGUUCCAUUUUGUUGGAAAUGAAUACGAGGAGUGUCAACAAAGGGGAACAGGUCGACUGCGCAGUUCGAAGCCAAACCAGCCUGUAAUAAAGUUCACGUUCCGAGUCUAGUGGCCCUUCUGACUCUCCACAAAUCCUGCCCACAUUUGCUGAGUUUCACCAGCAAUUCUGUUUUUGUUUCUGCACAGUUUUAUUUACAGGGUUUUUUUUUAACUAAAUUCGUUACAUGUGGCAGGUCAUAUUGGAGCGCGGUCAUCAAAACGUAAAGGAUUCGCGGGCUUUAUAUAUUGGAGUUUAUGGAAACCAAGCCAAGCACGUUCUGAAGAAUUGCUGAAUACACAGAUAGUCCUCAACUCGAUUAUUCUGUUUAUUAUUAUUCAGAUCUCCGGCACCUGCAGUUGUUUAUUUUAUUUUGUAGCUUCCAUGUUAUGAGUUGCUCAACUUGCAAGAACAACAUAUUUAGCAGCAAGAUGUCUUCUGCAGAGGAGCUGCAAUUUGCCUACCAAGAAACGGAGUGGAAAAAUGUCGUGAGGAGGGCUAGAUGUCUUGCCUGCCACGAGAUCUGAUAGUGAUUCCCAGCGAAAUUCCCGGUGACACCGCCAGUUAGAAUGAAGUACGGUGCUUGUUGUGAAAUAAUUUCUUCAUAUAUUCAGUGAGAUCGGACCCACUUUCUCGUCAUGAGGAGUUGGAUGUUCAUUUCCCUCCUGAUAUUGACAGAAGGUAUUUCUGGAGAUCAGUGUUCUGUGAUAGUGCCAGAACAUGCCUUGGCUGUAGUUGGUGGGUGUGUAGAAAUCCAGUGUACUUUUGAUCAUACGAUCAAUUAUACCUACAGAAAAGCAAUAUGGAUUAAAAAAGGUGUUAAUGCUAUGAAGCCCAGUGCCUCGGUCCUUUAUGAUUCAGAACAUCCAAGCAACCAACAGAGUGACUAUUGUGGGAGGGUUGUAUUCACUGGUGACUUUGGAAAAACACAAUGCUCCCUUCUCCUAAACGAUAUUAGGAAGACUGAUGAGGGAACCUAUCAAGUCAUUCUGGUAUUCGUUUCAGAAGUCAACGUCACUGAACAUUCUGAGUUCAAUAUCUCUGUUUCAGAAAAACCAACCAUUUCACAUGUUGGAGAAAUUAUUGCAGGCCAAAUUGUACGAUUGAAAUGCUCGGUCAGUCAGAACUGCCCGAAUGGCAACCUACAAUUGAAAUGGACUUAUCACAACCAGUCAAUUCCUCUUCAAUGGGACGCCGAAGGAAAAGAUGAAAGUUCGAAUUCUCGGACAGUUUCAUCCGUGCUAACAUUGAUUCCAUCAGCUGUCAAUCACGGGACAAUGCUCAAAUGUACAAUUACAAGCGACAGCUUCCAAAUUUCCUCUCCUGAAACUCUCAUCUUGCAGGUUAAGUAUAAACCCGUGAUAAUGGCAGGCCCGAUCUGCACCAUAUCUGAGCAUUGGAUAAAUUGCACUUGCACCUCCAAAGCCAAUCCACCAGCCAACAUGACAUGGGCAACCAAUGGGAGAAUGAUCCGUGGGAACAGCUCAGUUGGAGAAGCCGACACAUGGGACGAGAGGACUUCCAGUCUGCACCUCUCGCUGAUGCAUGAUCAUCCAAAUCAAACUGGGGAUGUGAUCGCGUGUGUUGCAACCAAUGAGCAUGGCAAUAGCACGAGCAAGUAUCAGCUCCCCUCUGAUGGUGGGAAGUCUGUGACAAUUAUCCUCAUGGUUGGAGGAAUAACAGUGGGACUCGGUGUUUUCAUUGCGAUUGCAGCCAUCAUGAAGUUACGGAUGAAGAAGUCGGAAGAGACCUCCUUUGACGCCAGAAUGAAUGAUGAUGAUUUCAUAAUUUAUAGUUCUCUACGAUUGUCAACAAACACUGAGAGUGACUCUCAUGCACUUGGCCAGCAAUUGACGGAAACUACUCAGAAUAAGCCCAUUGUGUAUGCAGCGAUCAGACUCUGAAAACAUCACCAACAUCAAAAGUGCGCCGGAGUUGUGCCGUCAGAUUUUCUGCUGAUGCUAAUGGCCAUACCCUAACACAUAAAUCUGUACCGACACCAUCGCCUUGCAGAAUGAGAAUAGAAUACUUAGAACGCUUUAUUUUACUGUCACAAACUUCAGACUGUUGGAACAAACAAAGAAUGCUGGAGAAGCUCAGCAGGUCUGGCAGCAUCUGCAGAGAGAGAAACAGAGUUAACGUUUCAGGUCUGGUAUGACUUCUUCAGAACUGUUUAUUUUAUUCCGCAUUUCCAGCCUGGUCAGAGUCGGAUGUUUGUUGGAGUUCAGUAUAAACUCAUUUUUGCCAAAUCACGUUGAACAUUUUUGUUCCUAUUCAGUGAAAAAGAACUUUUUGCUUAAAGAAAUCUUAUCGUCAAAGCAUCAUUGUCUGUUAACCUGCUGAAAUACAUGACUAUAGUCCAUGAACAUCCAAACCUACAGCAAAGAUUGCAAAGAAAAAACUGGCACAAUUUCUACGGUUGUGAUAUUUUGAUUGUUGCUGUCUAUUUUAAAUCCAUUAAACCGCAGAGCAAAAUGGGAAGCAAUGUAUGAACCAGACAUUCUGGAUCAACAGAAAGCAGCAGUUAUUCCAUUGUACUCCACAGCAGAGUACUCUGACCCUCUCUGGCAGAGUUCGUUACAAACAAACACUACUUACUGUCCAAUGCAGAAAGGUGCAUUAUGUUUGGAAUUUUAAGAGGUCUGGAUAGAGUGGAUAUGGUGAAGAUGUUUCCACUAGAAGGAGACAUUAGGACCUGAGGGCACAGCC